GUACAUGAAACUUUGAAAUUACCCCUCAUUGCUAACAAAAGCGGUCCGGUUCGGUUACGAUAACUGCUAAAGAAGUGCCUGUUCGAGAAGGACAACUAUCCGCCCCGGCAUUGAGAAAACCAACUAAAAUCUGAGCCAUCGAGUGUCGUACUUAGACAUGAUUCAACUACCUCAACAUCCCUUAAACGAACAGGCCAAUACAACAGUUAUCAAAAGUAAGGGAUCGCGCAAGUGCCUGCACCGGACCGGGUAGCAAAUGCAUCCCCUUGUCAACCCUGCAGAUAAUUUAAAAGUUCGACGUUAUUGGUAGGUGUGAUCGGGAGUUAGAGUCAGCACUAUGGAUGAAUGUGAUUAAGAGGUGUCUCAAUGAGAGGAUUUUGUUCACAGAGGACAGUGGCUUCCAUGUUUCCUCUUGGUCUCUACUCCAUUCCAUUUCAUCUUUUCCCCGUAGGCGCUCACACAGCGGCAGUCUCUUUUGUCAAGCGUAAUAUACUAUCUUGAAUUUUGAUCGCAAACUACAUCAUGCCACCUUCCACAGAGGAGAAGAGUUCCGACGGAGAACACGCAAAAAUCAACGGGGAAGUUGUUUCUACGGGCUUAUCAAACGAUUCAGGAUCAGGAGAUAAUGAUAAUGAUAAUGACGCGCUCGAAUCAUCCAUGGUACAGGAUUGGGAGUCACCGAGUGAUCCAGGAGACCCGAAAAAUUGGAGUCUAGGUCGAAAAAUUAUACACACAGCAAUUCCAGGCGUUUUUGGCUUCUCGGUUGCAUUUGGGACCUCAGUCUAUGCUCCUGGCAUUCCACAAGUUGCCAAGGAAAUGGGUGUCAGUAUUGAGGUUGCGACUCUGGGUAUAUCGCUUUACUCACUGGGGCUAGCCUUAGGCCCCAUGCUAGGAGCGCCAAUAUCAGAAAGUAAAGGUCGUAAAGCCGUCUAUAUCCUCACUAUUCCUAUAUUCAUCCUUUUUGUCAUGGCAUGUGGCCUAUCCAAGAAUAUUACAUCACUGUUGGUAUGUCGUUUUUUCGCUGGAGCCUUUGGGGCACCCUGCCUAGCAAUUGGUGGUGGAACGGUGGCAGAUCUUUGGGAUAUGAAACACGGCGGUGGCCUUGCUGCCGUCCUAUUCGUGCAAACUAUGUUUCUUGGUCCUAGUCUAGGACCGUUUAUUGGAGGUUAUGCGUUGCAGACACGGGGACACUGGACCUGGUUGAUGUGGGUGAUAAUAUUGGUGACCGGGCCACUGUAUCUCAUUCUAUUCUGGUCUAGCGAGACUUCUAAAAAGGAAAUCUUACGACGAAGAGCCAAAGCCAGAGGAUUACCCGAGCCACCUAGACCACCGCCACGCGUAGCGAUGAAGAUGCUGUUCGUCGUUACACUGUAUCGACCGCUGGAAAUGUUGUUGACAGAUCCAAUCGUGGCGUUCCUGGCGCUAUAUUGUUCGUUUGCAUUUGGUGUUCUGUUUGCCUUUUUUGAUGCAUAUCCGUAUGUUUUUAUGGGUGUAUACGGAUUCACCAUUGCUCAAUCUGGCCUUGCAUUCCUGGGCAUAUUCAUUGGAACUCUACUAUCCGUUCUCACAUUCUAUAUCUUUGACAGAACACUUUACGAAAAGGCAAAGCGCAAGAUUGCACCCGAUAUGAUGCCAGCACCAGAGGAACGUCUAUAUACUGCUAUGGUAGGAUCUUUUGGUAUCCCUGUAGGACUCUUCUGGUUUGCAUGGACAGCUCGUGAGAGCGUUCAUUGGAUAGUUCCAACACUCGGAGGAAUUCCUUUUGGCUGGGGAAUGUCCACUAUUUUUUUCAGUGGCAUUACCUAUAUCGUGGACACGUACGGAGCCCUUUUUGGUGCGUCGGCGAUAGCAGCAAAUGGGUUUCUACGUUAUAUCUUCGGUGCGGUGUUCCCUCUUUUUACUCUGCAAAUGUAUGAGAACUUAGGAAUUGCUUGGGCAACGAGCACAUUGGCAUUCUUAUCUCUGCUUAUGUUGCCAAUCCCUAUGGUUUUGUAUAAAUGGGGGCCAAAAUUGCGGGCGAGGAGUAAAUUCACUUCUUGAAUUUGAGAGAUCUUGGUCUUCCACGUAGGAUAAAUUAGCUCUUAAAACAUGUACUCAAUAAGCAAGCUGGAAUACCAAUUCUGAAGUUUUUACUGCACGAAUAACAAGGUAUUCAACA